ACAAGUGAAUUCAGGUACGGAUGUUGCGUGAGGAGGUCUGGGGUGCAGUCGGUGUUCCAGUUCAUCCCAGAGGUGUUCAGUGGAGUUGAGGUCAGGGCUCUGUGCAGCACACUCGAAUUCUUCUCCUCCAACCGUAACACAUCAUGCCUCCAUGGAGCUCGCCUUGUGCACAGGGGCGUUUUCAUGCUGGAACAGGUUUGGGUCUCUUGGUUCCAGUGAAGGGAAAUUGUAAUGUGAUAGUAUAUAAAGACAUUCUAUACAGUUGUGUUCGUCCAACUUUUUAGAAACAGUUUGGAGAAGAACCAGAUAUGGGUGUGAUGGUCAGGUGUCCACAUACUGGACUUCUGGCCAUACUGCUUCAUUUUUGUUCUGGUUUCGUAAAUAUAAUGUGGAAAUAUCUGUACAUCUAAUAAACAUGCAUUAUCACUGCAUAUGAUGAUAUGAAGUUAAUCUAGGUAGAGUUUCACUUCUACGCUCUGAACAGUUAGAACUUUCAUUCAUUUUGGAUUUUAACCAACACCAGAGCAGCUCUACUGCAGUAAACUACAGACUGAAAUAUCACCCAUGUGCUGCUUAGAUUAUGGACAUACACUAUAAAAUCUAGCAUGAAUAUUGUAUUUUCUGUGUCUCUAGCCUAAAACCAUAACCCUGCCAUGAAAAACAAUGUUAUUUUGUUUUAAAUACUGUAGCUGUUCUGCGUGAUUCGAGUGUUCUAGUGUUCAGUGUAAAGGCCACUUUGAUUCCAAUGACAGUUUACAUGCACUGAAUGAAGAUGAAGGCUAAUGAAAUUUUAAUUAUAACAACACUCACUUUUAAUUAUGGUUUUAAAUCAUGACCAUUUUAAUUAUUAUGAAAUCUUCUUUCGAUCUGGUUUAUUUGCAUAGAACUACAGUCUGCAUCUCAGCUGUAAUGUUGGAUUGUGACCCCAUAACUGAGAGCUCGUACCAUAAGGGGUUAAUAAUGAUCUGAAUAAAUUAAUAAGGGGAUUUUGAAGAGGAAAAAGAAGACUCUGCAGGUUUGAAUCCAUCCAAGAUGAGAAACACUGAUAAGAACUACAUCAGGAAAUGCCCUGUAACAUACAGAAAGCACAAGGGAAAAAUCCAGUGUAUAUUUCUAAGAGAUACUGUGCAAUGCAAAGCGGAUUAAAAAUACAUUUCAUACUCGAAUGUUAUUUUAUUCACGCAGGAUUUAACAGACAUAAUUCAGACUAAUGAAUAAAUAAUGCAUUGGUGUUUGUAAGUGGAAUCAUCUUUUUGUAGCCGAUAAUACACACAUCUACUGCAGAACUGUGUAUUUUAGUUCAUUUGCAUUUUCGUUUUUGGAACUUUAUGGAAAGCAGCACAGAAAAAAGUGGGAUGAGAAGAACAAAGAAAUAUUUGUAAAAGUGAAGCUCAUUCUGAGGUAAAGGGAAGGCGGGACACAGCAGACGCCAGAUACAGACGCACUGCAGACGCCAGACAGAGACACACUGCAGACGCCAGACAGAGACACACUGCAGACGCCAGACAGAGACACACUGCAGACGCCAGACACAGACACACUGCAGACGCCAGACAGAGACACACAGACCACAGCACCUUCACACCAGUCACUAACAGUUAUGGGUUCAGCGGUGAACUUCAUUCUGCUUUUCUCGGCAGGACUGUGGGCUCUCGCUUUGUGUGCAUCUCGUCAGUUUUAUGUGGUGAACACACCAAUGAACUGGACCGAUGCUCAGAAAUACUGCAGAGCGAAUUACACUGACCUGGCCACCAUUGUGAAUGAUGCAGAAAUGAAUGUUGUGAAGGAAGCUCUUAACGGGAGCACAGAACAUUUCUGGAUAGGACUGAGGCAGACUGAUAGCAAUACCUCGAUUGUUUUUAACAAUAGGUCCUGGGUCUGGUCAGAUAAUUCUCAAGUCUCAUACGGCUACUGGAAUGAUAACCAGCCAAACAACCCCAAGAUUGAUAACUGUGUGGAAAUUUGGGAAGCAAGUGCAAAUAAUAAAUGGAAUGAUGCAGGUUGCCAUUUCAAUAGCAGUUUUGUCUGCUAUAAAAAACGAACUCCUCUCACCGUGAUCACUGAGAAGAAGACCUGGCGAGAAGCCCUGAGGUACUGCAGACAGAAUCAUGUGGACCUGGUUUCUGUUGACUCGCAGGAAAUGCAGGACUGGGUGGAAGUAGUCACUAAAAAUGUCUCCAGUGAUAUGUGGAUUGGCCUGCGUCACACCUGCGCUCUGGGCUUCUGGUACUGGGUGAAGGGAGAGAUGAUCUGCUACCAAAACUGGGCUCCAGGUAACGGAACCGGAGUGGAAGAUUGUGGUGAUGUCGAGAGAACCGGAGCGGUUCUGUCCGAGAGUAAGAAGUGGGUCAGCCUGCCACAGACUCACGAACUCUACUUCAUCUGUAUCACCUUCCAGUAUACACUGCUGAUCAUUGCAACAGUAAACCUCCAGCAGUUUGUCAUGCUGAGAGCAGAUCUGCUCCUGGAGUCGUCUGGAGGCUUCCACCAGCUUGUGCUUCUUAAAGAACAAAGAAAUAUUUGUAAAAGUGAAGCUCAUUCUGAGGUACAGAGAAGGCGGAACACAGCAAACGCCAGAUACAGACACACUGCAGACGCCAGUCAGAGACACUGCAGACGCCAGUCAGAGACACACUGCAGACGCCAGUCAGAGACACACUGCAGACGCCAGUCAGAGACACUGCAGACGCCAGUCAGAGACACACUGCAGACGCCAGUCAGAGACACACUGCAGACGCCAGACAGAGACACACUGCAGACGCCAGACAGAGACACACUGCAGACGCCAGACAGAGACACACUGCAGACGCCAGACACAGACACACUGCAGACGCCAGACACAGACACACUGCAGACGCCAGUCAGAGACACACAGACCACAGCACCUUCACACCAGUCACUAACAGUUAUGGGUUCAGCGGUGAACUUCAUUCUGCUUUUCUCGGCAGGACUGUGGGCUCUCGCUUUGUGUGCAUCUCGUCAGUUUUAUGUGGUGAACACACCAAUGAACUGGACCAAUGCUCAGAAAUACUGCAGAGCGAAUUACACUGACCUGGCCACCAUUGUGAAUGAUGCAGAAAUGAAUGUUGUGAAGGAAGCUCUUAACGGGAGCACAGAACAUUUCUGGAUAGGACUGAGGCAGACUGAUAGCAAUACCUCGAUUGUUUUUAACAAUAGGUCAUGGGUCUGGUCAGAUAAUUCUCAAGUCAAAUACGGCUACUGGAAUGAUAACGAGCCAAACAACAACGGGAUUGAUAACUGUGUGGAAAUUUGGGAAGCAAGUGCAAAUAAUAAAUGGAAUGAUGCAGGUUGCAAUAACAGUGUCCGUUUUGUCUGCUAUAAAAAACGAACUCCUCUCACCGUGAUCACUGAGAAGAAGACCUGGCGAGAAGCCCUGAGGUACUGCAGACAGAAUCAUGUGGACCUGGUUUCUGUUGACUCGCAGGAAAUGCAGGACUGGGUGGGAGUAGUCACUAAAAAUGUCUCCAGUGAUAUGUGGAUUGGCCUGCGUCACACCUGCGCUCUGGGCUUCUGGUACUCGGUGAAGGGAGAGAUGAUCUGCUACCAAAACUGGGCUCCAGGUAACGGAACCGGAGUGGAAGAUUGUGGUGAUGUCGAGAGAACCGGAGCGGUUCUGUCCGAGAGUAAGAAGUGGGUCAGCCUGCCACAGACUCACGAACUCUACUUCAUCUGUAUCACCUUCCAGUGAAGGCUACUAGAAGUGGACGCAUGAACUUCAGCUGGAUCCUCGUAGUUCAGGACCAGACAUUUCUUUCUCAGCAUCAUUUCACUUAAUUUUUUGGACAUGCAAGUACAACGAUUUAUUUAGGAAUUUCACAAUAAUGUUGAGUUUCUUUUGGUGUUGGUCAAACUUUUACUUUCAAAAUAGCUCUUAGUAGCUUUACUGUUAGCUUCUGUUUAAAAACUAGAAUAUGUGAGACUUUCCUUUUGUUCACAUGGGAUGUGUUUUAUUAUCAGUAAUACAUUGUUUAGCGGUCUUAUGUAUCAUUAUUAGUUUAUCAAAACAUUAGUUUGCCUGUGGCUUAUUUACAGACAGUAAGCCAGAAGUAUAUUGUAAUGUUUCAGUUGCAAAGUAGUUUCCCCAACUACUGGUUUGUAAACUGAUGUUCUUUGCUAAGUCUUUUAAAAUAAAUAUAUUUACUGGA